GCCGCGUCCGGAAGGUCUGGUCCUGAGGGAGCUGCCCCGCGGGGCGUGGCUGUGGGUUGCUCACCUGCUGGUUAGCGAAGCGGCGACCGCCGGCGGCCCGGGGCCCCUCGCGGCUCCUCAGGCCCACGCGGGGCGUCGCAGCCCUCCUGAGCUUCGGUGGGCCCCAGCGCGGCCCGUGUGGACCACCUGCGGUUUCGUCUGCUGGUUCCGGACCCAUGGGCGCCGAGCCCCGUGGUGGGAAUUAAACAGGUGGGCGCCGCCGGCCCGUUCUGACCUCGAAACACUGCGGCAGGAGGACGCGGGUGUCCACAGAAAUGCGGUCCGGGGACUAAGCGGCGCCUCCCUUUCCAGCCGCGGGCCCUGCCGGCAGAAACUUACAGACAUCCAAAAAUGGUUGAGAUUGAACAGGCUGAGGCCCAGCUCUCUGAGUUAGACCUGCUGGCCAGCAUGUUCCCUGGCGAGAAUGAGCUCACAGUGAAUGACCAGCUCGCUGUAGCAGAACUGAAAGAUUGCAUUGAGAAGGGGACAAUGGAGGGCCGAUCUUCAAACGUUUACUUUACUAUCAACAUGAACCUGGACAUGUCUGCGGACACAGUGGUGGUGUUUUCUCUGGCCUGUAUUCUUCCCUUUGAAUACCCUGCAGUUCUGCCUGAAAUCACUGUCAGGUCAGUAUUAUUAAGUAGAUCCCAGCAGACUCAGCUGAACACAGAUCUGACCGCUUACCUGCAGAAGCAUUGCCUUGGAGACGUCUGUAUACUGAAUGCCACCGAUUGGGUUAGAGAACACGCCUGUGGCUAUGUCAGCAGAGACCCCGCCCCUCCCCCCAUUCCAGAAAGUACAGUCCAGCCUGUCCAUGUCAUUCUCACGAGACUCUGGAUCUACAGCCAUCACAUCUACAACAAAUGCAAACGAAAGGAUAUUCUGCAGUGGGCGAAGGAGCUCUCCCUGUCUGGGUUUAGCAUGCCUGGGAAGCCAGGCGUCGUCUGUGUGGAAGGCCCUCACGGUGCUUGUGAGGAAUUCUGGUCAAGACUCAAAAAAUUAAACUGGAAGAGAAUUUUGAUUCGCCAUCGAGAAGACAUUCCUUUGGAUGGUACAAAUGAUGAAAUGGAAAGAUGGAAAAAAUUUUCAGUUUUUGAAGAAAAAAUGUUCAGUGUUGGUGGAGCCAGAGGAAACCACAUGGACUUUGGUCAGCUGUAUCAAUUUUUAAAUGCCAGUGGAUGCGGGGAUGUUUUCCAGAUGUUCUUUGGUGUGGAAGGACAGUAGCUGAGCAGAGGAGUCACUGAAAGUAUUUUGUCACUGUUUUUACCCACUCUUUCUAGAAAGAUUCAGUAAUUUUCCUUCAGUCCGUUCUAAAAUGUUAGGGGUAAAAGAAGAGAAAAAGUAGCAUAGCUCAAGUGCAUCUGUUAAAAAUUGUCCUGAUUGAAAGCAGAACUGAGGCUUUAUUUAUAAUCUUAAAAUUACUGACAGGAAUACCCUGGCAUAUCUACCCAUUUUGAAAGAGAAAUUAAUUUGACUUGAGUGAGAUAAUAUUGGUAGUCCAACUUGCCACCCGUUCUCUGACCCCUGCCGUUUACCUGCCUCCAUGAGCUCUCCCAGCCUCGCUCGAAGCUCAGGUGGCCUGGGGAUAGGGCUUUGGCUAUGGGUUGCCUGGUAAAACUUUUGCUUUCCUGGUGAAUAUGAUUGACACAGCAAGAGCACGUCUUACCCCUCUUUUUGCUGCAACACCAAGGCUGAUGGUUGGAGCUGCAGUAGCCCCUUCAUCCACGAGGGCAGGAAGGGCCAGGAGAACCACAGAGAUGCCAGCGCCUGUGGUGAGCUGCUGAUCCAGCACCAGCCCCUGCCUCGCUGUAGAGAGCUUAUCAUCUAUAUAAAAGCCUAAUAUAAAAGACCAGGAGUUCGAUCGCUCCCAAUGAUGUGCGCUGACCACCAGGGGGUGGCGUGGAAUGAAGGAAGGCCCCGGCCGGCCCUGACCGCCAGUCAGGCCUAGGGACCCUACAUGGGCUUCUAGUUAUGAAAUAAAAACCAUCUUAUUUAUAUUUCUGUGCCACUUACUAGCAGUGGGAAGCUAUUUUGCCAAAUAAAUUUUUGAAAGCUUUAGUUUUUAACCCUUUUCGGUCCAACAUGGAGGCUGACUCGACAGACCGGGCGCUAGGAGCAGGUCCAACGUCGAGGCUGAGGUCGACACCGCAAACCGGUUCAACAUUCAAUCCCAUCAAUUAAUUUGGACCAGACUGUUUGAACUCCAAAAAUAAAAUUGGACCUCAAAGGUUUAAUCUACCCCAACCAUUUGAUACACAAAUACGUGAAGUAUUUCUUAAGUAGAGUUUGCAGCUCAUAUAUAUUUGUGUAUACUUAAUGCUCUGUUCCUGAGUUCACCUCACUGAGCUCAAUCUCUUUUUAAAAAAUGUUUUUAUUGAUUUCAGAGAGAGGAAAGGAGAGGGAGAGAUAGAAACAUGAGUAAUGAGAGAGAAUCAUUUAUUGGCUGCCUUCUGCACACCCCACACUGGGGAUCAAGCCAGAAACCCAGGCAUGUGCCCUGACCAGAAUUGAGCCAUGACCUCCUGGAUCAUAGGUCGGCGCUCAACCACUGAGCCACACCAGCCAGGCUGUACAUUGUUUUAAGAAAAAGCACACUGCUAUGUACAGAUACACAGAUCUCAAGUGUAACAAAAACACAUAGAAUAUAAUAAUAUAUUAGUUUCCUUCCUUGAGACAAACCUGUCAAAUUUAGACAUUGGAUUAUUGACAGUGACCAAGAAAGUACAGAUGUUCCAACCUCAUGAUUAGUAAAUUCCUUUGAAAAUGGGUGAGAGUAGUAGCAAAAAAGAAAACAGCAAGUUAGAUGGUCCUACCUACAUUAAUGUAAGAGACACAAUAAAAGCUGUAAGAAGCCAGUUAAAUGUUAGAGCAAUAUGGCUUCCUUAGACUUUAAAAGUGAAUAUAUAUUUGAUAUAAAGAUCCUGAAAUGUAAAACUGUUCAAUAUGUGUAUUCAUUCCAUAAUGACAAUUUUUCUAUGUAUUAUUUCGGUAAUAUGUCUGGAAUUAGAAUCAUCUGUGAAGAAAGUGUUAUCCUUAAAAGAAACUAUUAAUGCCAAAUCAAAUUAUGAUUAAAAGUUAAAAAUCUAUAGAAAACAGUGUGAGCAGAAAACAUUGGCUACAUGUCCACUUUUAUUUAUAAAAGUAAUUCCUAU